GUACUCUUUCUCCUCCAGCAACCACUGUGGCCGAUACUCUCUUUCUCCUGCCCUCUUUACUCUCUUCUCCGCGGGGAAACUUUCCCGGCGGUGAAAUUCUAGACCUGGGUUUUGUGAAAUCAUGGCUUCCGUUGCUGCUAAACUUUAUUCAGACGAUGUCAGUCUUCUAGUUGUGUUGCUUGAUACGAACCCUUUCUUCUGGAGCACUUCUUCUCUUGCUUUCUCUCAGUUCCUCUCACACGUGCUCGCGUUUCUGAAUGCGGUAUUGAGCUUAAAUCAAUUGAAUCAAGUUGUAGUUAUAGCCACCGGAUACGGUUCCUGUGACUACAUCUAUGAUUCAUCUUUGUCCUCAAAUCGGACGUUUGAGAGCGGGGGAAUGCCCGCACUCUUUGGUAAUUUGCUGGAGAAAUUGGAAGAAUUUGUUUCCAAGGAUGAGGAGUCGAGCAAGGAGGAGUCAGAGGGGAGAAUAGCUUCCUCUCUGUUGUCAGGAUCGCUCUCAAUGGCUCUUUGCUAUAUACAGAGAGUUUUCCGGUCUGGACAUAUUCAUCCACAGCCUCGGAUUUUAUGUUUGCAAGGUUCCCCAGAUGGCCCAGAGCAAUAUGUAGCUGUUAUGAACGCCAUCUUCUCUGCACAACGGUCAGCGAUUCCAAUUGAUUCAUGUUACAUAGGUACACAAAAUUCGGCGUUCUUGCAGCAGGCAUCUUAUAUAACUGGAGGUGUUCAUCAUAAACCUCAACAGCUAGACGGGCUAUUCCAGUAUCUCACGUCAAUCUUUGCCUCGGAUUUGCACUCCCGUGGUUUCAUACAACUCCCAAAGCCCGCCGGUGUGGAUUUCCUUGCAUCGUGCUUUUGCCACAAGAACACCAUUGACAUGGGCUACAUUUGUUCAGUAUGUCUGUCCAUUUUCUGCAAGCAUCACAAAAAAUGUUCCACCUGCGGGUCUGUGUUUGGUCAGUCCAAACUCGAUGAAUCUUCUUCGGCCUCUGACAAGAAGAGAAAGACACCUGAUGCCAUGUAAUAUGCAACUUUUCCAUUCAUUAUGUCACACUUGACUUGACUGUACAAUUUUACAAAUAGACAAUGUGUUUCUUGAAAGUUUUGGAACAAAGGUGGGCUGGAAAAUCAACAAAUGAAAUUGAUCGACAGAGUUUGAUCGAUCUUUACAAUA